AUGGAUUUCUAUGACAUCCUCGGCGUGAGCCGCGCCGCGCCGCAGCAAGAUAUUCUCCGUGCCUAUCGUGGUCAGGCCUUGAAGCUUUGUCGACGGAAACGAUGUGCUCCCAAUCGGCCCGCCCCCUCUAGCGCGGAUCCCCUGGUCGAGGUUCAGGACAUCUUCCCCGCUUGGCGGAUGCGGGCGGAGGCCUACGAGACCCUCUCAGAUCCGGCAAGGCGCAGCCUCUACAACAUCAGCCUGGUCCGCGCGGGGUCCGCCGAUGGCCUUGCAGAUGCGCUCCGCCCUCCCAUUGGAACCAUCACUGGCCAUAUGCUUGGCGAUCACCCCGCUGAGCUGCUUCAUCUGUUGCUCCAGGCAGAGCCUCAGUCCUGGCAGAGCCUGAUCUCAGGCCUGCGAAAGAGCCAACUGCAGGGCCUCUUGGACCGCUUGCCGCUGGCCCCGCGAGUGCACGAACUGGUCGCGAGGGUGGAGGAGACAGAUGAGCGCCGCGUAGACUGCCUCUGGAGAUCUCAGACGGAGUUCCAAGCGGGCAUGGAGUGGGACAAUCUGGUUUUCUACAGUCCGGCGACAAAGGCUCCUGCAGCUGGCAUCUACUUCCACACUGUCAUGGUGGAGUUCCAACGGGUGCUGCAUGGGUACAUCGUGGACAACCCCACUUGCAGACUUGAGGAGGCUUUGCAGCACGUGGAGAAGCACCUCGCGUGUCGGGGUUUCAGCUGUCCGCUCAAAAUGCAGUGCAGGGUCUUGCGAAACGGCAAGAAACUCUGCAGCCCGGCUGUCUCCUGUGCGACCACACUUCUGGCAAUGCGUUCCGAGGCCAUGCAAGCAAGCAGCUCAGCCCUGGCUGGGUUGCGACAGAAGUGGGUGCGCCAGUCCAGAGAGCUUGCGCAGCAGAAUGCUGCUCUGAGCAAGAAAAGAUGCGCACAACUCUGGGGUUUCCUCUACGCGCAGCUGCAAACCCUCCGCUCUGUCCCACUGGUUCGCCGCCGCAAGUGCUGCAAGCAGCCGGAGGACGUAGUUGUGCAAGUGGCGCUGGACAGCUCGUUCUGCCAGACCUUGGGGUCACCGGAUGAGCUGGCAAGGCGCCUGGGCACCCGCACGGGCAACGACUUUCUCUGCACGUUCCUGCUUCACGAUGUUGCAAACGACCCGGCGUCCCCCAACCACGAGUUCGCAGCUGGAGCUUGGCAGUGGCUGGAAAGCAAGCGGAGGCGGUAUGAGUCUGGGUAUGCAAGCCCAAACACAUGGAGCCCACGUUCUCCUUCAAUCGAGUACUACAGCGAGUGCUUCAUCGACGUGCUUUCCCAGACAUGCCUUCGCUGGAUCUUGUCCUUCUCCCAGAUCGUGGAGCUCGCCCAAUGCGGAAUGGUGAACCGGUCCUUGGCCCAUCAAGUCCGGAUGGUUCGGAAGCACGGCGUGGCCGUAGAUUGGGGCAAGCAGGGCUCCUGA